CAGUGCUACCUCUCUCUGCUCUCAGCUGAUGCACUCACAGCACAGACAGCAGACCAACCCUGCCUGCAGUUUCUUUCUCUGCUCUGUUUUUCCUUCUCUCCAUUCAUCCUCCUCUCCUCCGGGGCCCGGCGUCUAAUCUGAAGUCUGCAGUCGGAGGCUGAGGCUGUUUCCUGUCAGUGCAGAGCGCCGUCUGUGAGCCCAGACAGCGAGCCAGGAUAUACAUCUCUCUCUCCCUCCUCUCUCCUGACCAGACAGGGAGGAAAUCAGCAGGACCAACAAGGAGUAGGGAAGUUGUUCCUGGGCUGUGGCUGUGUGGACUAGAGGGGGUAUUAGUACGAGGCCUAUAGAAGAGGGGCGACCUAGAGGAUUAUCGAGAGAGAGACUCUCUAGAAGCAUCACUGAACCCCCCCUCCACACCGGCAAUACCUCCCCCCCACACCGACGACGUCACCUUCUCCUCCUCAUUGUUAUAAGAGCAGACAGGCCAGCGUGGAGCCUGGCAAAGACUGGAGAAUCAGCAUGUCGUCUCAGACUACUAGGAGGAAUGUAUACACCCGGACCACCAGUAGUGGCAGCAGCAGGAUGAGUUCAGACGGGGGUGGCCGGCCGGCCAAGGUGGGUUCCCGGGUGGAGGUGAUUGGGAAGGGGCACCGCGGAACAGUGGCAUAUAUCGGUGCAACGCUCUUCUCCACAGGGAAGUGGGUGGGAGUGAUCCUCGACGAGUCGAAGGGGAAGAACGAUGGCACAGUCCAGGGGAAGAGAUACUUCACCUGCCAUGAGAACCAUGGCAUCUUCGUACGGCAGUCACAGAUCCAACUGGUUGAUGAUGGAGCAGACACCACCUCUCCUGACACCCCAGAACCGGCCUCCAACAAGGUCCCCAAACACGAGAUCCUGGAGACACUCAAGUCCACUAAACUGCAGCGAGGACCCAAGCCCAAAAAGGUGGUGCACGCUUCUCGAACCUCCUCGACUCCUGCCCCCAGGAAGACUACGGCCAGAAGGCCCAAGCCCAGCCGUCCUGCGGGAACCGGAGCCUCCAAGGCGGGGCCCUCUGGGUCUGUGUCUGCCUCGGCUGGAGAGAUGAGCAGCAGCGAGCCCUCCACCCCGACACAGACCCCCCUGGGGGCCCCCAUCAUCCCCUCACCCGGGGGGCUCCUCUCCCCUUCAGCCCCCCCACCUCCACUCCCCAGCAAGGAGGAGGAGUCUCUGCGAGGUCAGGUGAAGGAUCUGGAGGAAAAGUUAGAGACUCUGAGGAUGAAGAGGACAGAGGACAAGGUCAAGCUGAAGGAGCUGGAGAAACAUAAGAUCCAGCUGGAGCAGCUCCAGGAAUGGAAGACCAAGAUGCAGGAGCAGCAGAACGACCUGACAAAACAACUCAAAGAGGCCAAGAAGGAGGCGAAGGAGGCCCAGGAGGCGAAGGAGCACUACAUGGAGGAGAUGGCGGACACAGCUGACGCUAUAGAGAUGGCCACGCUGGACAAGGAGAUGGCUGAGGAGCGGGCAGAGUCCCUGCAGCAGGAGGUGGAGUCUCUGAAGGAGAAACUGGAAGAGCUCGUCAUGGACCUGGAGAUCCUCAAACACGAGAUAGAGGAGAAAGGUUCAGACGGUGCUGCUUCCAGUUACCAUGUGAAACAGCUGGAGGAGCAGAACGGCAGGCUGAAGGAAGCUCUCGUCAGGAUGCGUGACCUGUCUGUGUCGGAGAAGCAGGAACAUGUGAAGCUCCAGAAACAGACCGAGAGGAAGAGCACAGAGCUGGACACCCUGAGGACUCAGAGAGAGAAACUCCAGGAGGAGAUGAAACUGGCCGAGAGGACCAUCGAUGAACUCAAAGAACAGGUGGAUGGGGCACUAGGAGCUGAGGAGAUGGUGGAGACUCUGACAGAGAGGAAUCUAGACCUGGAGGAGAAAGUCAGAGAGCUGAGAGAGACCGUCGUUGAUCUGGAAGCCAUCAACGAAAUGAAUGAUGAACUUCAGGAGAACGCCAGAGAGACGGAGCUGGAGCUCAGAGAGAUGCUGGAUCUGGGCGGAGGCAGGGUCAGGGAGGCGGAGAAACGGGUGGAAGCUGCUCAGGAGACCGUAGCUGACUAUCAACAGACCAUCAAGAAGUACCGUGAGCUGACCGCUCACCUGCAGGAGGUGAACAGAGAGCUGACCAGCCAGCAGGAAGCCACAGCUGAGCAGCAGCAGCAGCCUCCAGCUGAGAUGUUUGACUUCAAGAUCAAGUUUGCUGAGACUAAGGCCUAUGCCAAGGCCAUAGAGAUGGAGCUGAGGAAGAUGGAAGUGGGCCAGGCCAACAGACAGGUGUCUCUCCUCACAUCCUUCAUGCCUGACUCCUUCCUGCGUCAUGGAGGAGACCACGACUGUAUCCUGGUGCUUCUGCUCAUACCAAGACUAAUCUUCAAGGCGGAGCUGAUCAGUAAGCAGGCCCAGGAGAAGUUUGAUCUGAAUGACAACUGUGUGGAGAGGAGCGGGAUGAGAGGAGCGGCUGGGGAACAGCUGAGCUUUGCUGCAGGACUCGUCUACUCUCUCAGUCUGCUACAGGCUACACUACAUAAAUACGAACAAGCGCUGAACCAAUGCAGCGUGGAGGUGUAUCAGAAGAUCGGGACGCUCUACCCGGAGAUGGGCGUUCACGAGCGUUCCCUGGACUUCCUGAUUGACCUGCUGCACAAAGACCAGCUGGAUGAGACGGUGCAUGUGGCGCCGCUCACCAAGGCCAUCAAAUACUACCAGCACCUGUACAGUAUCCACCUGGCAGAGCAGACAGAAGACUGCACCAUGCAUCUGGCUGAUCACAUCAGGUUUACCCAGAGUGCGUUGGACUGUAUGUGUGUGGAGGUUGGUCGUCUGCGUGCGUUCCUACACACAGGGCAGGAGAAGACGGACCUGGCCGUGCUGCUGAAGGAUCUAGAGACUUCCUGUUCUGACAUCAGACAGUUCUGUAAGAAGAUCCGCCGACGCAUGCCUGGUACGGACGUACCUGGGAUACCUGCUGCACUCACCUUCUUACAGCAGGUGGCAGAUAUUCUGCUGGACUGCAGGAAACACCUGACCUGGGUGGUGGCUGUGCUGCAGGAGGUGGCGGCUGCAGGGGCGCAGAUGGUUGCCCAUCUAGGGGAGCAGGAGGGACUCUCCGCACUCAAACUAGAGGACGUGGCCUUUAAGGCUGGAGAGCAGAUCUAUGGAACUCAAGGUUCUAACCCCUAUGGGUGCCUGCGCCAGUCCUGCUGCAUCGUCAUAGCAACCAUGAACAAGAUGGCCACCGCCAUGCAGGAGGGAGAGUACGACGCAGAUAGACCCCAGAUCACGACACUUCCUCCGGUGGAGCUGCGUGCCACAGCCCUCAGAGCGGAGAUCACAGACGCAGAAGGACUGGGCAUGAAGCUGGAGGACAGAGACACAGUCAUCAAGGAGCUCAAGAAGUCACUCAAAUUCAAGGGAGAGGAGCUGAGUGAGGCUAGCGUUCGGCUCAGUCUGUUGGAGAAGAAACUCGACAGUUCAUCUAGAGACGCAGACGAGCGCGUAGAGAAGAUCCAAACUCAACUAGACGAGACUCAGACUCUGCUCAAGAAGAAAGAGAAGGAGUUUGAGGAGACCAUGGACGCGCUGCAGGCUGAUAUCGACCAAUUGGAGUCGGAGAAGGCGGAUCUGAAGCAGCGUCUGAACAGCCAAUCAAAGAUGACCAUGGACGGGCUGAGAGGAGCGCCAGCGUCGGGAAUCGCCUCCAUUGUCACGGGGAUGACAGGAGAAGAACAGAAAGCGACUCUGGCCAGUAUGGGUCCCAGUAUUGGUCCCGGUAUGGGUCCUGGGUCGGGGGUCCCGGUGAUAGACUCUCCUCUCCUGACGCAGCAGAUUGAGGCUCAGAGACACAGCAUCAAACACCUGAAGAAUGAGAACAACAGACUCAAGGCUGAGAAGAUGCGUGCCCAGCUGUCCUCCCUACCACCUCUCCAUGUCUCCAAGCUCCCCACUAGAGACGGCUCUCACCCAGAGGUGCUCUCUAGCGCCCUCUAUCGUAAGACUGACCAAUUACUGGACACGUUACUGCAGAUGAGUGCCAACGUCAAAGUGGUGGACAUCACUGGCAAAUCCCCAGUAACUCCUAGUGCCCAGCUGCUGGAACACACAGCCAGACUCCAGUCCCUUAGCAACACUCUGGACAGACUGAAGGAUGAGGUAUCAGAACAUGUGGUGACCCAGAGACCUGGAGCUAGAGCCUUGUCUGACUUUGCCACGUUCCCCUGCUCCUCCUUCGUCAAGGUCCAGGAGGAGAAGAGGGGGGACAUGGUGCUGGUGGGGAAGGUGAUGAUGCCGUGUUCCCGUGGUCAGGAGCAGGUCCACCGUCUCGUCCUAUCACAGCCUCAGCUCCAAAGAGUGCACCGCCUCCUGCUGACAUAGGCUCCACCCACAACCCACCCUGCUGACAUAGGCUCCACCUUCAACCUGCCCUGUUGCUCCUUCCCAUCUCUGUCUGUUUUUUUUUUAGGCCAAAGCAUUGGGUUUGUGUUCGUACGCAGACUGUGCUUGACUUGGGCCGUGAGCUCACUGAACUGAGCGCCAGAACCUUAAUUAUCUCUAUUGCCUGAGUUCCAUUCUGCCAUUAUUGAAAAGUUCUGGCCCCUGGAUAUAAACGGUAGCAGCACCUACAAUAAGUACCAGCGUCAAGUCAAGCCCCGUUCAUACGUACAGUUAGAGUAUUAAUACGCUCACUUCCUCUAGAUCGCUCGCUCACUUCCUCUAGAUCGCUCGUUCACUUCCUCUGUAGAUCAUACGCUCACUUCCUCUAGGUCGCUCGCUCACUUCCUCUAGAUCGCUCGUUCACUUCCUCUGUAGGUCGCUCGCUCACUUCCUCUAGAUCGCUCGCUCACUUCCUCUGUAGAUCAUACUCACUUCCUCUGUAGAUCAUACUCACUUCCUCUGUAGAUCAUACUCCCUUCCUCUGUAGAUCAUACUCACUUCCUCUGUAGAUCAUACUCACUUCCUCUGUAGAUCAUACUCACUUCCUCUGUAGAUCAUACUCACUUCCUCUGUAGAUCAUACUCACUUCCUCUGCAGAUCAUACGCUCACUUCCUCUGUAGAUCAUACUUAUUUCCUCUGUAGAUCAUUUGGUAGAGCAUAGGGCCUGUAACGGCAGGAUAGUGGGUUUGAUUCCUAGGACCACCUAUACACAAAAAUGUAUUCACGCAUGACUGUCAGACACUUUGGAUUAAAGCGUCUGCCAAAUUAUAUUACGUAAACACACACUACUACACUGUCUGCUGAGGGUGAUGCUGCCUGCUACACUACUACACUGUCUGCUGAGGGUGAUGCUGCCUGCUACACUACUAACCACUGUCUGCUGAGGGUGAUGCUGCCUGCUACACUACUAACCACUGUCUGCUGAGGGUGAUGCUGCCUGCUACACUACUACACUGUCUGCUGAGGGUGAUGCUGCCUACUACACUACUACACUGUCUGCUGAGGGUGAUGCUGCCUGCUACCCAUCAUAUUAACCAGUCUGCUGAGGGUGAUGCUGCCUGCUACCCAUCAUACUAACCAGUCUGCUGAGGGUGAUGCUGCCUGCUACCCAUCUUACUGUCUGUCUGCCGAGGGUGAUGCUGCCUGUUACCCAUCUUACUGUCUGUCUGCCGAGGGUGAUGCUGCCUGCUACCCAUCAUACUAACCAGUCUGCUGAGGGUGAUGCUGCCUGUUACCCAUCUUACUGUCUGUCUGCCGAGGGUGAUGCUGCCUGUUACCCAUCUUACUGUCUGUCUGCCGAGGUUGAUGCUGCCUGCUACCCAUCAUACUAACCAGUCUGCUGAGGGUGAUGCUGCCUGCUACCCAUCUUACUGUCUAUCUGCUGAGGGUGAUGCUGCCUGUUACCCAUCUUACUUUCUGUCUGCCGAGGGUGAUGCUGCCUGUUACCCAUCUUACUGUCUGUCUGCUGAGGGUGAUGCUGCCUGUUACCCAUCUUACUGUCUGUCUGCUGAGGGUGAUGCUGCCUGCUACCCAUCUUACUGUCUAUCUGCUGAGGGUGAUGCUGCCUGCUACCCAUCUUACUGUCUGUCUGCUGAGGGUGAUGCUGCCUGUUACCCAUCUUACUGUCUGUCUGCUGAGGGUGAUGCUGCCUGUUACCCAUCUUACUGUCUGUCUGCUGAGGGUGAUGCUGCCUGCUACCCAUCAUACUAACCAGUCUGCUGAGGGUGAUGCUGCCUGCUACCCAUCAUACUAACCAGUCUGCUGAGGGUGAUGCUGCCUGCUACCCAUCUUACUGUCUGUCUGCCGAGGGUGAUGCUGCCUGCUACCCAUCAUACUAACCAGUCUGCUGAGGGUGAUGCUGCCUUUUACCCAUCUUACUGUCUGUCUGCUGAGGGUGAUGCUGCCUGCUACCCAUCUUACUGUCUAUCUGCUGAGGGUGAUGCUGCCUGCUACCCAUCUUACUGUCUGUCUGCUGAGGGUGAUGCUGCCUGUUACCCAUCUUACUGUCUGUCUGCUGAGGGUGAUGCUGCCUGUUACCCAUCUUACUGUCUGUCUGCUGAGGGUGAUGCUGCCUGUUACCCAUCUUACUGUCUGUCUGCUGAGGGUGAUGCUGCCUGUUACCCAUCUUACUGUCUGUCUGCCGAGGGUGAUGCUGCCUGCUACCCAUCUUACUGUCUGUCUGCUGAGGGUGAUGCUGCCUGUUACCCAUCUUACUGUCUGUCUGCUGAGGGUGAUGCUGCCUGUUACCCAUCUUUCUGUCUGUCUGCUGAGGGUGAUGCUGCCUGUUACCCAUCUUACUGUCUGUCUGCUGAGGGUGAUGCUGCCUGUUACCCAUCUUUCUGUCUGUCUGCUGAGGGUGAUGCUGCCUGUUACCCAUCUUACUGUCUGUCUGCCGAGGGUGAUGCUGCCUGCUACCCAUCUUACUGUCUGUCUGCCGAGGGUGAUGCUGCCUGCUACCCAUCAUACUGUUUCAUCAUUUAUUUAAGAUGGUCAAUGCACAUUAGGCCCUGUUUAGACUUGACAUAAGUUGACUUUAACAUGGACUCAAAUCAACAAUAUUUGUACAUCAGGCGUGUUUUAUAUCCAUGUUGAGUCUAUUUAUCUCAGGUCUGAAUCAGACCCAUUAUAGUUUCCAGGUCCAACAUCAAUAUAAAAGUGACCGAGUUAUUUCCUGUCCGUUGUCCCGUAGUUCACGACAGUGUUGUUGUGUAGACGGUGUCGUUGUACAUACAACUAUUCCUUUUACUCUUAACUAUCUACAGCAGGGGUGUCAAACUCCUUUUCCCAGAAGGCCGUAUUCGGUCUUGACUGAGCGCCGCAGUCCCCCCUCCCCCGCAGAAUACAAGUAAAUAAACAAUUCAAACAACCUUGAGUUUGACACAUGAUCUAAAGGGAGAGAAAGUUGUCAGAUUUCUGUGUAUUAAGUUGUUAUUAUAUUACUGCAGUGUAAUUUCCAUUUCAACGGGAGUGAAAAUAUAAUUCAUUUGAAGGGAUUUUAUGAAACAUGGAUAAAAUGUUUUGAUUUCAUCAAAUCAGUGUCAUGUUUAACUUUUACGGGUCGUAGAUUAAUUUAUUUCAUAUUUAUUGUACAUAUUAAAUGCCAGUAAAUUGUGAGAGUCAUCUGUUACCUGAUUGGCUGUAAUCUGUUUUAAGUAGCUAAUAUAGUCAUGUGUAUUACAGGUGAGACUCUUGCUGUGUAGAAUGACUCCGGUUUAGGCUUCAUUAAACUACAUGCCUCAUCAGUUACUGUCAGCAAAAAUACGUAUUGGCCAUAGAGGCUUAGUUUUUUUUCUCUGCUAUGAAGUGUCAUACUGGUAUCAUAAAGGCUAUGUCAUCUCUGCUAUGAAGGGUCAUACUGGUAUCAUAAAGGCUAUCUCAUCUCUGCUAUGAAGGGUCAUACUGGUAUCAUAAAGGCUUUCUCAUCUCUGCUAUGAAGGGUCAUACUGGUAUCAUAAAGGCUAUGUCAUCUCUGCUAUGAAGGGUCAUACUGGUAUCAUAAAGGCUUUCUCAUCUCUGCUAUGAAGGGUCAUACUGGUAUCAUAAAGGCUAUGUCAUCUCUGCUAUGAAGGGUCAUACUGGUAUCAUAAAGGCUAUGUCAUCUCUGCUAUGAAGGGUCAUACUGGUAUCAUAAAGGCUAUGUCAUCUCUGCUAUGAAGGGUCAUACUGGUAUCAUAAAGGCUAUGUCAUCUCUGCUAUGAAGGGUCAUACUGGUAUCAUAAAGGCUAUGUCAUCUCUGCUAUGAAGGGUCAUACUGGUAUCAUAAAGGCUAUGUCAUCUCUGCUAUGAAGGGUCAUACUGGUAUCAUAAAAGCUUUAUAGUUUUUUUUUAUAACCUCAAGUUAUAUUGGCAUUAUUUUCAUGGCAUUGUUGGCUUUCCUUACAUUAUCAUUUGAGAGAUAAUAUAUUAACAUGGUAUUAAUUAUUUUAUGCAUUAGUGAUUUAUAGAGAAUGUACCUCUGUGCAGCCUGUUGCUAGCAUAUAAUGUACCUCUGUGCAGCCUGUUGAUAGCAUAUAAUGUACCUCUGUGCAGCCUGUUGAUAGCAUAUAAUGUACCUCUGUGCAGCCUGUUGCUAGCAUAUAAUGUACCUCUGUGCAGCCUGUUGCUAGCAUAUAAUGUACCUCUGUGCAGCCUGUUGCUAGCAUAUAUCUACUACAACCCUGCUUCUGGCCUCUAUCAUUGUGCUCUAUGCCCCAAAAGGUAUUUCAAAUCAAAUCAAAUUUGAUUGGUUACAUACACACAUUUAGCAGAUGUUUUUGCGGGUGCAGCGAAAUGCUUGUAACCUUUAUUUGUGUGCAACUGAUAGAAUUUUCCAGAGCCCUGUGUCUCCACGGUAACUAUUACUGCUGUUUAGGGUUGCAAAUAUAUGGUAACUUUCCUCAAAUUCCCAGGUUUUCCAGAAAUCCCGAUUGGGAGAUUCAUGUUAUCUGAUAAGCAGAAAAUCCAGGAAUCUUCAAACCGUGAUUUCUGGAAAACCUGAGAGAAUUUGGGGAAAGUCGUCAGGUUUACACCACUGUAAUGUAGCAGCUAUUACUGCACUGUAACCAUCUCAACAAUAAAUAAGCUGAAGGAGAAGGAA